GUUCACAGACACUACAGUGGAAAUGAAGUUACCCACAGCUGGGGAGAAGACUGUGGACUGUGAUGUGACAGUUUAUGUGAGCAGCACCUUCAGUGAAUGCGGCAGCGCGAGCUCCUCACCGAGGCGCGCGGCGAGCCGAGGAGCAGGAUCGGCGGAUUCAGACAGACUGCUGGUGGGCUCGGGACCAGACGAGGCAUGAAAUAGUCACCGGUAGGGCCGUCAAAGGUGAACCACAUUGGGACACGAGUGAAAUGGAGGCACCGCCGGGCACGAGCUGCUGUGAGCGCACCUUGGCCAAACGGGAAUAACCGAGCCGUGAAACGGGCUGGGAUGGCAGCAUCCAGUAACUCAAGUCUCUCAGGUUCAUCUGUGUCCUCUGACCCUGAGGAUUACCAACCACCCAUAUGGAAGUCCUACUUGUACCAGUUACAGCAGGAAGCCCCGAGACCAAAGAGGAUCACAUGUCCUCAGGAGAUGGAGAGCAGACCCAAAUACUACGGCAGAGAGUUUCAUGGCAUGAUCUCUCGAGAAUAUGCAGAUGAGCUUCUGGCGGGAGCAGAGGGUGCUUACCUCAUCAGGGAGAGCCAAAGACAGCCAGGGACACACACCUUGGCCUUAAGGUUUGGGCACCAGACCCUCAACUACAGAUUGUUCUAUGAUGGGAAGCACUUUGUCGGGGAGAAGAGGUUCGAGUCGGUCCAUGACCUUGUGACGGAUGCCCUUAUCACUCUCUACAUCGAGACCAAGGCGGCGGAGUACAUUGCCAAAAUGACCACGAACCCCAUCUAUGAGCAUCUUGGUUACACCUCGUUGCUCAAGGACAAGAUGGUGCACAGGCUGAACCGCGGACGCACAGAACCACGCAGGGUCACCUUCCAGAGAGAUGAAAAGAUCUCCUCACCUCUGGUGCGACGGAGUGCCUUGAAAGAUACACCGGAGAAGCAGUGCUCCUACGAGAAGAUACACAACUUCAAGGUACACACAUUUCGAGGGCCGCACUGGUGCGAGUACUGUGCCAACUUUAUGUGGGGUCUCAUCGCCCAGGGUGUCCGCUGCUCAGAUUGUGGGCUGAAUGUACACAAACAGUGCUCCAAACUGGUUCCCAGCGACUGCCAGCCGGACCUGCGCAGGAUAAAGAAAGUGUUCAGCUGUGACCUCACUACGCUUGUCAAAGCUCACAACACAACGCGACCCAUGGUGGUGGACAUGUGUAUUCGUGAGAUAGAGCUAAGAGGUAUGAAAUCUGAAGGUCUCUACCGAGUGUCUGGCUUCUCAGAGCACAUAGAGGACGUGAGGCUCGCCUUUGACCGAGAUGGUGAUAAGGCUGACAUCAGUGCCAGUGCCUAUGCAGACAUCAACAUCAUUGCUGGUGCUUUGAAGCUCUACUUAAGAGACCUUCCCAUUCCAGUCAUUACGUUUGACUUGUACUCCAAAUUUAUUCAAGCUGCAAAAAUUCCAAAUGCUGAAGCCAGACUGGAGGCCAUCCACGAGAGUUUGCUGCAGCUCCCGCCGGCCCACUACGAGACCCUACGUUACCUAAUGGCUCACCUUAAGAGGGUAACACUGUUUGAAAAGGACAAUUUAAUGAAUGCUGAGAAUCUGGGGAUUGUCUACGGUCCAACGCUUAUGCAGCCACCGGAGCAGAAUGCCUUGACAACCCUGAAUGACAUGAGGCAGCAGAAACUAGUGGUGCAGCUUAUGAUAGAGCAUGAAGAUGUCUUAUUCUAAGGACUGAGGCAUGCAGGCCUUGUAACAGAAACGAAGGACAUUUAUUUAUUCUGUCAAAGAGGAAAUUCAAGCCACCUUGAUUCUCAUGAAGUUUCAGAAUACUUUGUAAAUCAAAUUGAACUUGAAAUGCUUCUUUCUCGCAUGACUGUUUUCGUUGAAGUUGGUUUAGUGUUGACAUUGUCUUGUUACUGUAAGUUUUGGGGCAACAUGCCCAGCCAAGACCAUCAUUUUUAUAUUAGGAACGGAUCCAGUAUUUUUAACUACCUUCAGUGCUGUUCCCUCCUCUCUUUAAUUUGAAGACUGUCACUACCUGGUGUAGAUACAGUCAUGAUGACAGCGCUGUGUGAAAUCUGCCCCAGGCAGCCCGUCAAUCAGUGCUGGUGCUGUGUAAACCAAGCCUCUCAGCAGCAGCCUCGUUAACGUUCCCACAUUACAGAUGUGCAUAUUGUGAUUUUAGUGGGAGCACAUGGUUAAAAUGUCCUUGUUGAGAAAAUCAGAUCAUGUAAUGAUCAAUAUUUUAGCUGUGCGUACUAAAAAGUGGGGCUGAGAAAUUGGGCGCUCAUGAAGCACUUUUUUGCAACAAGUGUAAAGAUUUAUUUUGUAAAGAUGUUUAUUUUUGUCUUUUACUCUGCAUCAUGUUCUUUAGUCACAAUAAUAUAUGCUGUUGAGAAUGAUGUUUGUUGAAUUGAUGUCUAAUAACAAAAGUGAUCACAAGAGAAAAAAGAAUCAGAGGAGAGACAGUUUGUGGAUUUACCAUUUUCAUUUGCAAUGUACUCAGUGUUAUGGUGAGGAAUGCACAGGUGGGUUAAAUACUGGUCUUUUUAAUUCACACAUCAUCAUGCAGACAUAUUGCAAGACUCUUCUGCACAUGUUGGUUGCCAGUUUUAUACUAUUUCUGUUUACAUGCUGAUAUUUCAUGUUAAAAUAUGACCUGGGCCCAUUUUUGCUUUUUGUAAGCCAGUAACAUUGCUCGGAGCAGCAGUAGUUGCCAUUCACUUCACAGUGCCAUAGAAGUUAAUAGUCGCACUACAGCUGUACUGAGCAUGUUUCUUUCACAGUUGGUUUGGUGUGAUUAAGUAAAUCCUUUCUACAAA